CCAUGGACAGAGGAGCCUGGUGGGCUACAGCCCAUAGGGUCACAAAGAGUCAGACACGACUGAAGCAUGCACGCAUGCAAUGCUUACCUCACUUAUUUUCUUCUCAAUAUAGUCAAAAGCCCAUGCAACAUUAAAGUUUGAGGGGAUUCUAUAAUUUAAUCCCACAUUCUCAAUUUACAGAUAAGUUGAGUCUCUGAGAGGUUAAGUGACAUGCAAGCGUGAGCUCUGUUUUCUUUCCUUUUUUUGUCCAUGCUGUGCAGGUUGUGGGAUUUUAGCUCCCAACCAGGGACUGAACCCAGGUCCUCUGCAGUGGAAGCGUGGAGUUCUAACCACUGGACUGCCAGGGGAUUCUAGUGGGCUCUGUUUUCUGACUGAUCAGCAUUUGAAUGCCUGCUGGUUAUGGACAUAGUACUUAAUUUCGAUACAUAGAAAAUGAGAAUAAUAGUACCUACAUCUUUGAAUUUUUGUGGGGAUUCAUUGAUUUAGUACAUAAAAGGCCCUUAGAACAGUGUCUGGGUUGUAGCUAGUAUAAAUGCUAGCCCUGUUAUAGACCUGCCAUUAACUAGACUAAAACCACAGCAAGAUCAGAACUAGAAUUCUAGUCUCUUGACUACCAGUUCAAUAGUAUUUUUUUUUUUUGGCCUUAAUGAGUCUGCAUAGCAAUCAAAUUUUACCUUCCAAUGUCCAAUGUGGAUUUUUAGAAUGUGACCUGCUCACGUUGGAAGUUCUUGUAGUUUCUGUGACACUAUCGACACUGCAGAGCUUAUUUUGGCUCAUUCCUCCUUGUACUGUUCAAGGCAGGUUCCCCACAGAAAUUAUUACCCAUACAAGCUGCUCAAGCAUCUAGAUAGAAAAUCCUGCAGCCCACACUUGGGAGAUGCUGUCACUGUUGACUGACAGUAACCCUUCUAAUGAGUUCCCUGCUUGAAUCUCCAGUGCACAGUUAGACACCUGCACUCACUUACCAAGAGUCUGACUCAAGAGGAACUGAAGUAAACCUAUCAGCUCCUUUCCGGGCUCUCUCUCCUGAUCUCUCCAUUUUGGUCAAUGCUGGUGUCAACUGUCAGCGUGCCUAGACACAGUUACGUCUUCUCCUUCAUUGCCAAGUCCAGGAGUUAUGGCCUCUCAAGUUCAUUGCUUCUCUUCCUUUUCUGCUUCCUUCUUCCUGGCUCCUGCCCCUAAACAGCUCAGGUGGGCAUGAAUCCUGCAGCCCCUAACCUGGGUCAUGGACUCCAGUUUCAUUCUGCUGACAUUCAUCUUGCCCUUUAUUCAUAGAUCAAAUCAUGCCUUGAAAAACCUUGGUUACCUUCCAGAGGUUUGUAUUGCCUUCAGCAUAAACUUAAAGUCCUCAGCCUUGCAUGUCUCAAUAUUACCUCCCUGACGUUUUCUCUCACUCCUUUCUCAUAAGAAUUUGUUCAUUUAGGCAUGGGUGUCUCUGUCCCUUGGUAUCAUGACACAUUUUCUGCUUUUCCAUCAUUGGUCCUACCACUGUACUGGUCUGCCUUGGGCCCUAUGUUAGGGCUCUUAUUCUACCAGAAUUAAGGUAUCAACAAAGCUCUCAGCCCAUGACAAAUAGGGCAAAGAGGCUUUUAUGUGUGUGUUAGUUGCUCAGUCAUGUCUGACUCUUUGUGACCCCCAUGUCCUAGCCCACCAGGCUCCUCUGUCCAUGGGAUUUUCCACGCAAGAAUACUGGAGUGGUUUGCCAUGCCCUUCUCCAGGGGAUCUUCCUGACUCAGGGAUCGAACCCAGGUCUUGGCCAUUACUCAAAACAAAAUCCAUUUCCUUCACUACUGUGAAUGAGCAGAGGUUAUCUGGAGAACUUAUACACAUCAGCCACAUAAAAUGAGAGAAGAAUCCACUAUGAUUUUUUAAUACGAAAAGAAAUGUGAUAAACAGAAUGCUGUCAGAAGGCUAUCUCAGUGGACUUGCAUACCGGAAUGACAUCCAGUGGAGUUAUCCGUCUUCUAAUGAGCAAGUGGCUGAGGAAAAGGAAGAGGAGAUGGAAGCCACAGCAGCUGCGAGUCUUUCCUAUUCCUCCGUGGAUGAAACACAAGUCCAAAAUCUCUAUGUGAGCUGCAAAUCCUCUGGCAAGGUCAUUUCUUCAGUGUAUUCAAGAGAGAGCCAACAUAGUAGAAAUCCGAGAAUUACAGUGCUGCAAACAAACCCCAAUCCUGUGUAUGAAAGCCCAAACUUGGCUGCAGUUGAACUAUACAGAGACACCAGCAGAGAGACCUACUUGGUCCCACCUUCCUGCAAGAGUAUCUGCAAGAAUUACAAUGACUUACAGAUUGCAGGGGGCCAGGUGAUGGCCAUUAAUUCAGUGACAACCGAUUUCCCCUCUGAGGGUAGUUUUCAAUAUGGUCCUUUGCUGAAAUCAUCUGAGAUUCCUUUGUCCAUGGAGGAUUCCAUGUUCACUCAGCCCAGCGACUUGCCACCCACCCCUAUCCAGCGGUAUUCAUCGUAUUGGAGAAUAACCAGCAUCAAAGAGAAAAACAGCCUGCAAAUGCAGAAGCCUAUUUCGAAUGCGGUGCUGAAUGAAUACCUGGAGCAGAAGCUGGUGGAGUUGUAUAAGCAGUACUUUAUGGACACUGGGUUUCAUGACAGUUCACCUACCCAGAUUCUGGCAUCUGAACUCAUCAUGACAAACGUGGACCAAAUUAGUAUUCAAGUCUCUAUAGAGAAGAACCUGGAGAUCUCGAAAGCCAGGGAUAUCGUCAUUAACCGCCUAUUACAGUAUGGGUCAACCGAAAUCAGCACGCCGAGUCUCCAUAUUUCUCAGUAUAGCAACGUGAAUCCAUAGAGAGGGUGCUUCCAUUGCUCUUUCUCAACUACUCAAAUCCUAAGCACCAAGUAUUCAUUUAUUCUGAGAAUGUGCAGGAAGGGGUUGGCAAAGGGUAGAGAACAAAAGGUUGGUUGCAGGUCAGGUAUGGAUUAAGAGGAAAUCUCAUAAUAUUACACGCGAAGGAAUGUGGGGAGAGGAGCUAUAAUGACUUCCAAGUGAGGGCUGUACAGCAACAAAGAAAAAAUAAAAAUGAUCAAAAAAAGAAGGUAUGAUUCAUAUAAGGGAAUACAGAAAAGGAAAAAGAAGAAAAACCAAGUAAGGAUGCACACAAUGUAUGGAGAGUCCUUAAAAAACUAGGAAUAAAACCACCAUUUGACCCAGCAAUCCCACUCCUAGGCAUGUACCCUGAGU